AUGGAAGAUUUACCAGAAUGUGAGACUUCAUUAGCAACUUCAUCAUCUUCAUUUCGUCAUAUUGACUCUCUUUUGGGAGGGGAUGAAAAGCCUUCCAUAUACUCCCAAAAUUCAACCAAUAACAACAAAAAAUCUCUUCAUUUACCUAAUUAUUCUGAUACUUUACUAAACCCAGAAAAUAACAGAAUUAAUAUAGACAACGAAAAUUCUGUUAAUUUAAAUAAUUUAAAUAAACAAAAAAAAUAUUACAAAAAGCGUUUACAAAAGAAAAAUUUAAAAGUUAAUAGAGAAGAGAAAGAAGAAACAGAAGAAGAGGAAUUGGAAAAAUACAAUGAAAAUACAAAUCAGAAUAUUUUAAUUGAAAUACAAAAGGAAAAACAAUAUCAGAAUAUUUACCAACAACAUUUAUUAAAUAACGACAAUCAGAAUUUUCACAAUCAGAAUUUUUUAUUUUAUGAGAAUUUGCCUACGCACUGUUCUGAUGCAGCAGCAAUGCGUCGCUACCGUACAGCAUUUACUCGAGAACAAAUUCGCUUGCUAGAACGUGAAUUUAUUGGAGAAAAUUAUGUUUCAAAAGUGAGAAGAGGUGAAUUAUCUGCAGAGUUGGGGCUUCCUGAGGCUACAAUUAAAGUUUGGUUUCAGAAUAGGCGAAUGAAACAAAAAAGACAAAGUAUAACUUCAAUGAUGGGUGGGCUAGCAGCCGCAGCUGCCGCGGGAUGGCCCCAAUUUGAACAAAUUUUGCUCAAUGCAGCCAAGAGUGUUCAGACUGGAUUGACUUCCACCCCUUCUUCCUCAAAUUCUAAUCCUGCUGCUGCUUUACUUUUUGAUUUUUGGCAAAACAAAAAUGAUCAAAAUAAAUUAUGGCAACAAAAUAAUUAUUUAAAUAAUCAACAGUCUUGUUCUUUUUUUAAUUUUGAAAAUAAUAAUUUUAAUAAAUCAACAAUUAAUAAUAACCCUUAUUUAUUACAACAACCUAAUUUUAAUAUUAAAAAUAAUAUUAAUAGUCAAGCUGGAGGUUUACCAACAUUAUUACCUUCAAUUUGCGAGUUUUUAUCCAAUUCCUCAACACGUUCAUUGGAAGCGCCAAAAAAUGAAGAGAUUUGUUUUGAGUCUUCCCCAUCUGUUCAAAGUGAAGAAAAUAAUUGUAUAAUUAAUGAACAGAAGAUUUAA